AUGGAGGCGAGGAGGAGCGCGGAGAAGGGCCCCUGCGAGGACGCCUUCUCCAGCUUGCUGCUGGAGGACGUGAAGCACCGGCUGCGCCAAGCGUUUCGGGGGCAGCGAGGCCCCCCUCCCCACCGGCCCAGGCCUCUUGAAAGUAGGGGCGGUGGCAGCAGGAGAGCAGCGGCCGCUCAGGAGGAGCUGCGCAGGGCGCACGUAGAGGGAGCCAUUGCUUGGCUGCGGGUGGAGCUGCUGGAGAUGAAGUCCCAGAACCGCAAGCUUGCCAAAACCCUGCUGGAUUUAAGCAUGGAAAUACAGAGGCUGAGAAAUGAAACUGACAUGUCCGCAGCUCUAGAAUCAAAGACGCUAAGCAUCCCUGCAAGCCCAGAAUAAUAAUCCGCACUUUCAAGGCAUAAAGUCUGAAGAUGCAUCAGUGAUUCUGACAAAAUUUGAAGAUUACGUUGCACAGCUGGGUUCAACUUCAUAACAGAAUAUGGCUUGAUUCUUAAUGAGAACUCCAGUUAACUAGAUUGGAGAAAGGGUGUUGUUUAUAUGUUAGAAUUUGA